AUGGUCUGUUGGCCCAAGGCAAAGUCCCACAGCUGGACCUAUCCCACCGCAGUCCUGUCACUCUAUGGGUUUUUUGCUAACUGCAGAGUAGCAGAGCCCUUCCUCACACCAUACCUAAUUGGACCAUACAAGAACAUCUCUGGAGAAGUGGUGACCAACUACCUGUUCCCUAUCUGGACAUACUCCUACCUGGCCUUCCUUUUCCCCAUCUUCCUCCUGACUGACUUCCUGAGGUACAAGCCCCUCAUUAUGGUACAGGGGCUCUUCCUGGUCUCCAACUACCUCCUGCUCUGUUUUGCCCCAGGUCUGCCUGCCAUGAUCUGUCUCGAGAUCACCUAUGCUGUAGUGGCAUCUACAGAGGUGGCUUACUUCUCCUACAUUUACAGCGUGAUUCCAGUUGAGUUUUACCAAAGAGCCACUGGUUACCUGCGCAGUGCCAUGCUGACUGGAUAUACUGUUGGUGCUGGCCUGGGCCAAAUGCUCAUCUCUCUGGCAGGAGUAGACCUCUUCUACAUCAAUGCUAUCAGUCUGGGGAUCGUAAGCAUGGCUUUUCUCACCUCCUUCUGGUUGCCCAUGCCCCAGAGGAGCCUGUUCUUCAAAGACAAAAAGGUUGCAGCUGUGGGCUCGCAGUCCCAGAAAGAGGGGCCACUGGGACCAGACAGGCCUGAGCAACCGGUGAUGUGCAAGGACAAUGCUGCCUCGAGGGAAGAGAAGACGGAGCACAGUGGCUGUGCUGACUGGUGCAGCGGGGACAGUGUGGUCACUGCGGGCCAUCUGCUUUGGCAAAGCUUCAGGGAGUCCUAUUCCUCCAGGCAUUUAAUCUACUGGUCUCUGUGGUGGGCUUUGGCCACAGCUGGCUACUUGCAGAUUUUCAACUACAUCCAGCUGAUGUGGGACCAUAUAGAACCAUCUGCCACAUCAUCUAUCUACAACGGGGGUGUAGAGGCUGUGUGCUGUCUUGUGGGUGCUGCGGCGGCCUUCUCCGUGGGCUACAUCAGGGUGAGCUGGGCCGUGUGGGGAGAGCUGGCGUUAGGUUUGUUUUCAGCUGUAGCCACGGGCGCUGUGUUUCUGAUGGCGCUCACCAGCAGCAUCUGGGUAUGCUAUGCUGGUUAUGUCAUUUUCAAGUCCUGCUACAUGUUUCUCAUCACCAUCACAGCAUUUCAGAUCGCAUCCAAUCUCUCAAUGCAGUGCUAUGCUUUGACUUUCGGGAUCAACACCUUUGUAGCCCUGUCACUGCAGACCAUUAUAACGCUGAUAGUUGUGGAUGAAGCUGCUCUGGGGCUGGACAUUGUGACACAGUUCAUCGUCUAUGGAGGCUACUACGCUGUCAUCUCGGUGCUGUUCCUGAUUCGAGGGACCUACACCGCCUGUGCAAAUCAGCGCAAUCCUGAGCAAAGAGACGCCAAGGAACACGAGCACAGUGUGGAGGUGAUCUCGACUGAACGUUUCUGA